GCUGCAUUCAUGUGACCAGCUCACGUGCUCUCACACGUAAAUAUGAGCGGAGGACCGUUUCUCAAUCACACUGUUGAUUAGUCCCGUGUAGAGACAGGAGGGGGAAACUGGAGCUGAAGAUUUAAAGUUCACACCAACAGCUGACAAACAAGCCUCAGUUAAAAUGUGGCGUGCAGCCCUCCUGUUAUUGGCUGCCAGCUUGUCAGUGAGCCUGGCCAGACCCCACCUCAAACCACUGUCCGGUGACAUGGUGAACUACAUCAAUAAGCUCAACACUACCUGGAGGGCUGGUCACAACUUCAAAAAUGUCGACUACAGUUACGUCCAGAAACUCUGCGGCACGAUGCUGAAGGGACCCAAACUGCCAGUCUUGGUUCAGUAUUCUGGAGACAUGAAGCUGCCUAAAAACUUUGACUCAAGAGAGCAGUGGCCCAACUGUCCCACUCUGAAGGAGAUCAGAGACCAGGGCUCCUGUGGAUCCUGCUGGGCAUUUGGUGCUGCAGAGGCCAUCUCUGACCGUUUGUGUAUCCACAGCAAUGGCAAAGUCAGUGUGGAGAUCUCCUCUGAGGAUCUGCUGACCUGCUGCGACAGCUGUGGCAUGGGAUGUAACGGUGGCUACCCUUCAGCUGCCUGGGACUUCUGGACCAAUGUGGGACUGGUCUCUGGUGGUCUCUAUGACUCUCACAUUGGUUGUCGGCCCUACACCAUCCCUCCCUGUGAACAUCAUGUGAAUGGCACUAGACCCCCCUGCACUGGAGAGGGUGGAGACACACCCCAAUGCGUCCUGCAGUGUGAACCUGGAUACACACCUAGCUACAAAGCAGACAAGCACUAUGGUAAAACGUCCUACAGUGUGCUGUCAGACGAGGAGCAGAUCCAGAGUGAGAUAUACAAGAACGGUCCAGUAGAGGGAGCCUUCAUCGUCUAUGAAGACUUCUUGCUGUACAAGACUGGUGUGUAUCAGCACAUGACUGGGUCUGCUGUUGGUGGCCAUGCCAUCAAGGUCCUGGGCUGGGGCGAGGAGGGUGGUGUUCCCUACUGGCUCUGUGCCAACUCCUGGAACACUGACUGGGGUGAUAACGGUUUCUUUAAGAUCCUGCGUGGAUCAGAUCACUGUGGUAUUGAGUCUGAGAUUGUGGCGGGGAUUCCCAAAUAAGCUCAAAGGUUUUGAGCUGCGGUGACGAUUACAUAAUCACUAGAGGGCGACACACUCAACUUGCCUGCUCAAGAACUCAUUUAACAGCUUUUAGUCAUUUUUUGUUCCAGCCCACUGAUCAUGUUGCACACAUGGUGUGUGUUUUCUUUUGACAGCAGACAGAAAAAACUCAAACGCGAAUGAUCUGUUGCAAGGUCUCGUUCCUUCACCUCUUAAAGCGGGGUCAAUCAAAAGGUUGCACAGGAGGAAAAAAAUGUUCUGAAGACACGCAUGUGCAUUUCAUUUUAUCUGAGGUGAUUUGAAACAAACUGUCACUGCUGAAUUUCAUUUGGUCCCCUGUCCUCACCUCCUUUUUCUGCACCAGUGGAAAGUAUAGGCCUUUUUUUUAGUAAUACAGCCCAUUAUUGAAAGACAUUGAAAGACUCUGCCCAGUGCAGCACAGGACAGUUUGUCUGAAUGUGUCUAAUUUUUAAUGGUCACAGCUUUCAUAUUUGAUGUUUUCAUUAUUUCUCAGUGCCACUCUAUGAUGUCAGGAUGUACUCAUUGUGAUUGAUGUCUGUUAGUGUUUUUCAAUUUCGAGUGUCAGAUUAGAAAUGAAUGUUUUUUUUAAAUUUGUUAUGACUGUCUGCCUGUAUUAAUCAAAAUACUGACUGCAGCUUUUAUGUUCUGAAUAAAUAAAACAGUAUUUGGUUCCCAA